AUGUUGAACAUGAAUAUCUUGAUUCAAUGUACAAUAUUAAUCUUUCUAUUCAAUUUUUCUUCAUGUAAUAAAGAUGCUAUAACAUGUGGUUCAACAUUUAAAUUAGUUAAUCAACAAUCUGGAGAUAGACUUCAUUCUCAUGAUGUUAAAUAUGGUUCGGGUAGUGGACAACAAUCUGUUACUGGUACUCCGAAUGCUGAUGAUGUGAAUAGUUAUUGGCAAAUUCGUGGAGAUAUAAAAAAUGAUUGUGAACGAGGAGCACCAAUAAAAUGUGAUACUAUAAUACGUUUAUUUCAUGUAACUACUCGAAGAAAUUUACACAGUCAUAAUUAUGCAUCACCAUUAUCAAAUAAUCAAGAAGUAUCAGCUUAUGGUGAAGAUGGUGUUGGUGAUGAAGGUGAUCGAUGGAAAGUUGUUUGUACAACUAAAAAUGAUUAUUGGUUAAGAGCAGAUCCUAUUCGUUUGCAACAUGUUGCUACUGGAAAAUAUCUUCAUCUAAGUGGUGAUACAUAUGGUCGACCAAUUCAUGGUCAAAAAGAAAUCAGUUGUUAUUCAUAUGCCAAUAGUCAAAAUCUUUGGAAAGUUGAUUCAGGUGUAUAUAUACGUCAAUCAUCUGAACCACUGUCAUCAACACGAGAUGACAAUUCCAAUACACGUUCACAAUCAACAAAAAAUGAUCAUUUUGAUGAUGAACUUUAA